CUACGCCAUAACAACAUAGUACCGUUGUUGGGAACAGCGACAAGAUUUGGACGGAUCCCAGAGUUGCGCUGCUUGGUGACUUUAUGGAUUCCAAAUGGCACGUUGAACGCCUACUUAGCAUCUAACCACAACGAUCUACAGGCCCAAGGCCGUUCACGUCUGCUGGAGGACGUCAGCGCUGGACUUCGUUAUCUGCACUCGGUUCCUGUUGUGCAUGGGGAUAUAACAGGAGCAGAUGUGCUAAUCAACGAGAGGGGCCAUGCAAGGCUGAUUGAUUUUGGUCUUUCCACCAUUGUCCAACCCCUUCUCGGCCAGUCGCACUUGGCUAUAUCAUCUAGACACCCAGGUGCAAUCCGCUAUGCAGCACCAGAGCUUCUUUCACCGGAUGAAGAUGCCCGUGAGCUGCCAAUUCCUUUGGAGAAAGCUGAUAUCUACUCUUUUGGUUGUAUAAUGCUUCAAGUUCUCUCGGGUCGGCUCCCUCGGUCUGAGGUGACAACUGGAAUUCUGGAUCUUCACAUUGCUGUCAUGAUACUCGAAGGUCGUAAACCACAACGCCCCGAUGGUUAUCCUGCCAUAGUAGACUUGGAUUGGGACUUCAUCCAAAAAUGUCUUUUAUUUGAACCCGAACUUCGACCUUCAGCAGAAGAAGUGCUU